AUGACAGCGAUGUUCGUCCAACUACGCCGCGUGGUAUAUGUGUUGUUGCUUUUACAUGUUUUUGCGGGCAGGGUACAAGCAGCUACCGGCCAACCGACACUUACGUGCACUCGUGAACGUGAGAACGAUCUGAAAUUUGCCGAGAAAAGAAUGAAGGAAUCGUGGGAAAGUCCUGGCACGCCACUUGUGGGAGGAAAGGCUUGUCUGGAGGUAUGGGAGAGGGAGGUGAAGGCAUGCAAUGAUAAUCACGCAGCGAUGGAAAUUGCUUUAAAUGCCACCACUGAGGUUGUUGAGAGCGUCAAAAAGUUUCGUGGUGGAAAGGGUGAUAAGAAUCAGGAGUCUUGCCGGCAAACAAAUGUUCAGGAGUAUUUGAGGAAAUUCGACCAGAUGAAGAAAAAUUAUGAUGCGGCUGUGCCCAAAGCAAAAGAACUGGCGGAAAAUGCCGUUGAAGCAGGGAGAAAGUGUUUUACGUACACCGGUAACUUGGCUGAACCGGCGAGACAACUCAGAGAGGCACUCGCGUGGUACAAGGAAAUGGUUUUAAACGAUGAAGAAUACAGAGGUUGUGGCCUGGAGAGUAGGGGCGAUAUACUCGAGGAUUACACGGGAAAAUCCCGUGAAAUGGAUGAGGUAUUGAAAAAUCUUACGGUGAUGAAAGGGUACACCCAGGUUUGCGGGCUGGCGUCCAAAAGAGAUGUGGGGGACCCGUUGAGAAAGAAGUAUGAUGAAUUCCUGCUGCUUUGUCCUCAGGAUCUUGUUAGCAAACAGAAACCGGUUUUUGAGUCGCAGAAGAAGGAGGAAAUCGUAAGUGAUAAGGGUCCGAAGAGUAGAAGAGAAGGUGAGGAGUAUUUGGUAAAGCAGAAGGCCCUCAAGAAAUUCGAGGAAAAAUUCAAGCCUUUGGAGGAUAAAUACACUGAAGAAAGAAAGCAGGAUGAGGAAAGAAGGAAGGCGGAAGCAGAGGCGAGAAAGUUGAAGAGGGCUCAAGAAAAACAGGCGGCGAUAGAAAGGGCGAGGAGGGAACAAGAAGAAAUGGCGGCACAAGAAGAGGCCAAGAGGCUUGCAGAAAAGAAAAAGGAAGAAGAGACCAAGAGACUCGCAGAAAAGAAAAAGGAAGAAGAGAAAAGGAGGGCUGAAGAAAGGAAAAAGGAAGAGGAGUCCAAGAGGAUUGCGGAAGAACAAGCGAAGAAGGCCAAGAUGAAGAAGGAUGGCAGCAACGGUCCUGCAUUGGUGCACAGUCCCUUGUUGCUUAUUGUUCUGCUGUGUGUGCUGGGCUGCACUCUUGUUUGCUGA